UCCUCCUUCCCGCACAUCGACAACUCCUCUUCACUGGCUAGUUUUAAUCCCUUUGCAUAGAUUGCAUUAUGGGUCUUUGGAUGCCCUUCUCCUCUAAUAGAAAGCCAUGGGGGCUUCGCUGGCGGUCGUCAGUUUGGUUCAUCACUACAGGUAUUACCACAGAUUUGUUGGUUUACUCCAUCAUCAUCCCCCGUUUGUCAUACCAUAAGGUUUCGUCGCUCACAGGGUGGCUACUAUCGACAAUCCCUAUUGCUAUGCACUCGGAGCGAUAUUCAAUGAGACGAAUGCCAUUGAUCUUCGGUCUCAUUGCGCUCAUUGGCUCCCAGGUUAUGUUCAUGGAGGCCCCUAAUUACGCAGUCAUGGCCAUCGCUCGUGUGUUGCAAGGAAUCAGUUCCUCCAUGGUGUGGAUCGUAGGCUUGGCACUUUUUUACCCUGAAAAUAUCGUUCUGACUUCCAUCAACGACCUUUUGUCAGAACAAUUGGGUAUUGCGAUGACUGGCCUGUCCAUUGGUCUUCUGGUUGGUUCACCCGCAGGCGGUGCCUUGUACUCUCGCUUCGGCUUUCGCGCCCCAUUCAUCUUCGGAUCGUUGUGUGCAGUUGUCGAUCUCCUCCUCCGUCUUCUUCUCAUUGAAAGGAACGUCGCAUUGAAAUGGGGCUAUGACCCAUCAGAACCCUCGGCCGUAGUGAUGAAGGAGGCGCCGGACGCUUCUUCUACACCUGAUAUACAGCUCUCCUCUAUCCCAAUAGCUCAUGUGCACGAAAGCACUGAUCCAGAAACUAAUGAAGUAGAAGAACCGACAGUUCCGGACAAGUCCAGGCUACCCAACGCACGAAAACUGUCCAUAGCCCGCAGAUCAAUCAUUGACCUGGCACUCAAUCGGAGGCCAACACCAUUACUCUCAGUUAUUGUCAAAUUAUCGCAGUCACCUCGCGCGUUGGUCGCUCUAACCAUGGCGUUCGUAUAUGGACUUGUGCAGAGCAUGCAAGAGCCCUCCCUUCCGCUUCAUCUCCAAUCUGUGUGGGGAUUUAAUUCGGGCCGGGUGGGUCUUGCCUACCUGGCAGCAGUCGUCCCAGCCUUGAUCUACUUGCAGCGUCAGCCGUUAGCAGGUUUUUACGUUGAUCGAGCGGGGUCCGACUACAUAACAUGUAUAUGUCUGUUCCUGGCACUGCCGUGGUGGAUUGUUCUGACCCUACAGCGUUCUUUACCGUUAUUCAUUUUUGCUCUCGCCGCUCAAUGUUUCUUUGUCUCUGGUGUCGUUGCACCAGUGACGACUGAACUUGCGUCUGUCUCUCGAAAAAUGGCAGGUGUUGGAUAUGCUCAUGUCUAUGGCGCAUUUAAUCUUGCGUUCGGGAUUGGUACAGCAGUGGGUCCUGUGAUCGGAGGGCAGAUAUAUGAUCGUGCGAGACAUGGAUGGACUGUGCUUUGUUGCAUCACCUCCGCGCUUAUCCUCGUCUGCAUCACCCUCGCGUUCUGCUAUACUGGUGUUGAUCCUUUACUUGCCAAGGUCCUGCGUCAUUAUUACCCAAUCGAUUCGAUACGAAAGAACCCAGACGAAGAAUCUAAUAGCGCUGAUAAUACUAGCAGGACUCAUAUCGUCAGUAGAGUUGGAGCCUGAUUUUGCAUCGUGUAAACGUGGACAUUUUUUACAUUAUAGAUAUCACUAUUCACUUGGAAGUUCAUAUGUAGUAGUACAUGCAGUAGUAUAUAGGCCAGUGGACGAUAGGGAACACUACAUAAGUAUUCUAACCACAGUGAAAUAUUUGAUUUCAUAUCAUUGCAAUUGUGAA